AUGGAUGAAGACCAAUGGAUGUAUGAUAGUAUCAUGUCUGAAGAAGUUGAAAUGAAUGUUGAAAAUGAGGAAGAUGUUGGCGUUAAAGUUGAUUGCUCUGAGUUGUUUGGUAGUCGUGAGGAAGUUUUACAAUGGGCUCAAUUGUUGGUUCAUGACAUCGGAUUUGUUGCCGUUAUAAUGAGGUUCGACACCAAUACCGGUGUUCGAGGAAGAGCCUCAUUUCUGUUGAUAACUUGUGAAAGGAGUGGGCAGUAUAGGCCUAAGAAACAUAAUUUGGUAAGAGCAUGCACUGGCAGUAGAAAAUGUGAAUGCCCGUUUAAGUUGCAUGCGAAGCCAGUUUCGGGAGGAGACAACUGGAUGGUGAAGUUAAUUUGUGGGAUUCACAAUCACGAAAUGGCAAAGUCAUUGGUUGGGCAUCCAUAUGCAGGUCGACUGACAAAGGAUGAGAAGAAUGUUGUUGUUGAUAUGACGAAGUCCAUGGUGAAGCCAAGAAAUAUUUUGUUGAUGUUGAAGGAGCACGAUGACAACAAUUAUAAAACAAUCAAACAAAUUUACAAUGUCAGACAUGCUUACCGUUCUUCCAUAAAAAGGAGUAACACCGAAAUGCAACAAUUGAUGAUCCUGCUUGAUCGAGAUCAGUAUAUUCACUGGCAUAGGGUGAAGGAUGAUAAUGUUGUACGUGACUUGUUUUGGAGUCAUCCUGAUGCAAUAAAGUUAACCAAUUCUUGUAAUUUGGUUUUCUUGAUCGACAAUACCUAUAAAACAAAUAGGUACAAAUUGUCGUUGCUUGAUAUUGUUGGUGUUACACCAAUAGGAAUGACAUUCUCCGCUGGUUUUGCUUACUUGGAAGGAGAACGUCUUAAUAAUGUUGUUUGGGCUCUAGAGCGGUUUUGGUGUCUUUUCAUGAGAGCUGAUGCACUCCCCGGGGUUAUUAUGACUGACAAAGAUUUUUCUUUGAUGAAUGCAGUGAAAACUGUAUUCCUGAAUGCUACGAACUUGCUAUGUCGGUUCCACAUUGACAAGAAUGUCAAAGCAAAGUGCAAAACCCUGGUUGCUCAAAAGAAUGCAUGGGAUUAUGUGAUGGAGGCUUGA